UCCCAAGAUGGCGGCGCCCAGCGGAAGGAAGAGUGGUGGCGACGGUGCGAGCUUAUGGGCCGCGCUUCUCCUAGCGGCCGUGGCACUGAGACCAGCAGAAGCUGUGUCCGAGCCCACGACGGUGGCGUUUGACGUGCGGCCCGGCGGCGUCGUGCACACCUUCUCCCAGAACGUGGGCCCUGGGGACAAAUAUACUUGUGUAUUCACCUAUGCUUCUCAAGGAGGGACCAAUGAGAAGUGGCAGAUGAGUCUGGGGACUAGUGAAGACCACCAGCACUUCACCUGCACCAUCUGGAGGCCCCAGGGCAAGUCCUACCUGUAUUUCACACAGUUCAAGGCAGAGGUGCGGGGUGCCGAGAUCGAGUACGGCAUGGCCUACUCUAAAGCUGCAUUUGAAAGAGAGAGUGACGUUCCCCUGAAAAACGAGGAAUUUGAAGUGACCAAAACAGCAGUGUCCCACAGGCCCGGGGUGUUCAAGGCUGAGCUGUCCAAGCUGGUGAUUGUGGCCAAGGCGUCACGCAGUGAGCUGUGACCAGCAGCUCCAUUGAGGGCGGCUUUCUCUCAUCUCUACUAAAGGGGCUGUGCCCUGUGAGAUCUGGCACAUUAUUGGUUUUCUAGGGGGCACUGCUGGUUUUCUUCCCUGGCUGAUGUUGCCCUCCUUGGAGGGGUUCACAGGGUGGCUGAGGCCCUGGAACAAAGUCCAGCGGGCCAGGAGGUUGAGGGUGUGCUGGGCCCUUCCCCCAGCUCUCCACUUCCCCAGUCCCACUUCCCCCUUGCUCUUUUGAACACAGAGUAUGAGUCUGAGCCCUGCUACUGCUCAUCUUACUAGGAGAGGCAUCAGCACAAGGUGAGGGGGGCUCGCAGCUUUUCUGAAGCCAGCUCGUCUCCCCUUGGGAUCAGGUCUGACUCCAGAUGCUCUGGGGAAGAGUUGCCCUGCUGUCCUCUGACCUCAAGCUGUUUUCUUACAAUUUCCCCAGGAGACCACUUUCCAAACUAACUGGGAAGGAAUGAAAUGACCUUUUGUAUUUAAAUAAAUGUUAAAAAGGAGCCACAUAGA